AUGAAUGAAAGAUAAAAAAAAAUUAUCAAAUCUGAAAUAUCAGAAAAAAACCAGAAGAAAUUUUGAAACGAAAGCGAAAGUUUGUUUGUUUGCUUUUUUUUGUUGUUGUUGCUGUUCGCCUCAGCCCCUUGUUCUAGUCAUACAUUUGGUUUUUGGAUGUUGUUCGAUCAAGAAGUUUUUUCUCUACCAUUCAAAUCUAUCCAACAUAGAUGAAAUGAAUUGAUUUGGAAAAAAAAUUUUUUUUUCGUUUGAAAAAUUAAAAAAAAAUCCAAAUUACUUUGAUCAUCAAUCAAAAGAUGGCGGCAUCGUUUUUUGAUUCAAAUAUUGAUUAUCCACCAUUGGAUACGAAUGGCAACAAUUUAAAAUAUUCAUCAUCAAUUAAUGAUGAAAAAACUAUGAUCAAUCAUCGAUCAACACCAACAACAUCUAUAUCAACAACAACAACAACAACAACAAUAAUGAUGAACGGUGGAUCAUCGACAGCACCUAUUUCAAAUGUUGAUCAUCCCAUUUCGAAUGGUCUAAAUUUUUCUGGUUCGAAUUCUAUUUCUCACCAUCAUCAAAUAUUCAAUUCUAAUCAUCAUCAUCUUAAACUCGAUAAUGAUCCAUUUCAUUCGUUAUCUUCUACUAUGGAUCAAAAAUUUUCACAAAUUUCCUUAAAUAGUGAUAAUUGUGAUCUGAAUGGAAAUCGUCGUUCACCUACGUCGAAUCCAAUAUCAUCAUCAUCAUCAUCAGCUUUUUUUACAGUACAAAAAACGAAUGUUGAAGAUAAUCAUCAUUUCUUUUUUGAUUCAACAUUAGACAAUAAUAAUCCUAAUCAUAUUCAUCAGAAAAGUAAUAAUAAUGGUUGGAAUAUUGAAUUUAUACGACAAUCACUUCGAUCAAAAUUGGCCACAACUAAACGAUUGCAACAAGAAAUACAAAAUAAUUAUGAUGAUUCAUAUAGUAAUUAUCGUUCAUUCAUCAUACAAUGUCGUUCACAAUUGGAUGCCAUAAUGCAAAAUAUCGAUGGUGAAUUGAAUCAAUAUUUCAAAACUAGAAUGAUGGAAUUGAACAUUCAAAAGACUAAAAUCGAAGACAUUGUACAUAAAUUGGAUGAACAAUCGAAUUUAUUCAAUAUUCAAGAUGCUAAUACAAACAAAUUAAGUGAUAUUAAUUGUGAAGAUAUUUUUGAUUCAGACUUUCUUCAGAAUGUACAAAAUAUACUUGAAUCAUCAAUCGAUUCUAGUUUGAUUGAUUCGAUUCGAAUACCAAAUAUCGAUGUGCAAACAAUAGAUCGAUUUAUACGAGCUCUAAUAUUUCCGAUGAACAGACAACAACAACAUCAACAACAACAACCGAUUCUUUUCAAUAAUACAGAUUCAUUUUUAUCAACUAUUGAUAGUCAUUUUGAUGCUUUUCAAUCACAACCAUUAUCAACUCAAGAUGAUAAUUUUGCUAAAUUUUCUGAUCAUCAACAUUCAUCACAACAACAAUCGGUUAUGCUAGCACCGUGGUCAUCACAACAGCCAACAAAUAAUAAUUUACACACCCAACAACACAAUUCCACUAAAAACACCUCUUUGGUUCCUUCAGUUCAUCAAUCAACAUCUCAUUUUCAACAUUUGAUACAGCCAUCUUUUGAUUUUCAACAACAACAACAACAACAGCAACGUACACAAAUUAAUCCAUCAUCAUCAUUUAUGGAUACUAAAAAUCAGUUUUUUCUCGGCAACAUCAAUGAUGAAUUUCCUGCAUUGACGUCAUACAUAAAUGACCAUCAUCAUCAACAACAACAAACAUUCAACGGAUCUAUACAUCCGUCACAGACACAUCAAUCUAUCAAUGAUUUAAAUAUUUUGAAUCAAAAACAAGCUAUCACAAAAUCACUUCAACCACGUAUUCGUCGUGAACGUAUUAGCUAUUAUUUGAAAUUCGGUGAACAAGGAGCACAGGAUGGACAAUUUGCUGAGCCAUCUGGUGUUGCUGUUAAUCUGGCUAAUGAUGAAAUCUACAUUGCCGAUGCUAACAAUCAUAGAGUUCAAGUGUUUGAUAAAUGGGGCAAAUUUAAAUUCCAUUUUGGUGAAGGAAAACUUAAAUUUCCUAACAGAGUUGCCUUAUCACGUAAUACGGGCGAAAUUGUUGUAUCCGAAAGACCACCCGUACAUCAGAUACAAGUGUAUAGUAAGAAUGGUAUUUUUCAAUGCAAAUUUGGUGCCAAACAUCUUCGCCAUCCACGUGGAUUGGCCGUCGAUCAUCAGAAUCGUGUCGUUGUUGUUGAAUGUAAAGUGAUGCGUGUAUUUGCCUUCAGUCUUCAAGGUGUCCUAUUACAUUCAUUUGAUUGUUCAGAACGUAUUCAAUUUCCGAACGCUGUUGCGGUUUCACGAUCGGACGAAAUAUUCAUUUCAGAUAAUCGAAAUCAUUGUGUAAAAGUAUUCAAUUUUAAUGGCGAUUUUCUACGACAAAUUGGUGGCCAAGGUAUCACAAAUUAUCCGAUUGGUGUCUGUCUCAAUGAAGCAUUUGAUCAAUUAUUAGUAGUCGAUAAUUACAACAAUCUCAAUGUUACUUUAUUUCGUUUGGAUGGACAUUUGAUCGGUGCUUAUGAAUCAUCAGGAAAACAUCAGCAAUGUUUAGAUGUUGCAUUAUUUGGUGAUCAUUCAAUUGUUGUCACAAGUAAAGACUUGCAAGUUUAUUUCUAUCGUCUCAAGGAAUAUAUUCAACAACAACAAUCAAACAUUAAUCAAAAACGAUCAACAUCUGUUAAUAACAACAAUCUACAAGGAUCAUUUGUCGUUAGUGGUACUGGUACACAUAACCGUAUUUCAGGGCCAAAUUUACCACCACCAUCAUCAUCAACAUCAUCAUCUGCAACAUCUGGAACGCACAUUAAGAAUGGUGGUAAUAAUCUAAAUAAUAAUGUUCAAAGAACACAUCCCCAUCACCAUCAUCAUCAUCAUUAAAUGAUAUUUAUUUUCAUCGAUUAGAUAAAACGUCAAUGUCAACUUUCAGUAUCAUCGUUGUUUGUUCCAUAAUUAUCCUACUGUUUGGUUGAAUGCAUGGCCAGCAUUAUUGUUUUAUACAAAAAAAAACACACUUUUUCAUAAUUAUAUAACACAAUUACGAAUAUUCAUUAUCUUAUUAUUAUUAUUAAUAUAAUUUCGAUUAAUGUUUCAUGAAGUACAAAAUUUAUACCCUUAUUAUUAAUUAAUUAAUUAAUUGAUCAUCAUUAUUGAAUAUUCUUUUCUUUCUUUUUAUUUGUUUACAACCAAAACAUUUCAUGCAGAAUCAAUUGUUUUUGUCAAUCAAUCGUUUGUUAUUUUUCAUUAUAUUCAUUAAUCACUUUUUCUCUUAAAUUCUACUUUAACAUUUAAUGUGAUUUUUUUUUAAUUCAUAUACCACACACCUUUAUUUCAUCAUCAUUGAACUUAAUCAUCAUCAUUUUGUUUUCACUCUUGUUUCUGUUUCUGGUCUUGAAAUUUUACUUUUUUUUUCUCUCAAACUUGGAGUAAUUUAUUAUGGCCAAUUAAAGUUUAAACUAACUCUACCAUGAAGAACGAAAGGAAGCAAAAAAAACCAAUAUCGAUUGAUAACAAUAUUUACAAAUUUUUUUUUUUGAUUCUCCUUGUACAUACACAC